UUGUAUGCUUAUACAUGUUUCGUACUGACAAAAUCCGUGUUUAAAUGGACAAAAUAUAUCCGCUACCAGUUUAUGGGACUUCAAAUAUUUGAAACCGAUCGUAAAAUUUGUAACCUUGUGUUCGAGUCUCAGCGAGACGCCGCAGUCUAUUGCCGCAUCUCAAACGAUCGAAAAAGAUUGUUUUUAUUCUCGCUUUGAUAUCAGCAAAAUAAACGUGCAAAAAUCGAUCGAUUUUGUUUGUGUUUAAAAGUACAAAACGAAACUGUGAUUGUUGAUCGUUUUAGGAGCAAUUAUCAAAUUGAAAGACGCGGAAAAUUAAGUCAUGGCUGAUCAAUGGACUGGCUGGGGCAAAAUUUUAAUGACCAUUUUGGAGUUUCUUCCUUGCUCGACAUGUAAAAAUAAUGCAUUUAGUAAAAAUCAAUUUUUAUCCUGUGGACAUUUUUCUUGUGAACAGUGCAUUGAUUCUCAAAAAGUAUGCAAUUGCACUUCAGUUGAAUCUAAAAGCUCCAAUUUUUCACAAAAAAAUGAUGUGAAUGAAAGAAUUGUUAAAGCUUGCUCAGUAAUUAUUGAAAAAAUCAAAAAUAAAACAGAUUCUGCAAUUAAAGGAAUUUGUACUAAUGGUUCUUCAAGUCCAAGUAUUUUAGAAUCAGAGAGCUGUAAAAGGAAAAAUUGUCCGAAAAAUUCAAAUCCAAAUGCAUCAGAUCAACACAAAAGAAUGAAAUUAGAAACCAAAAUAAAGAAGGAAUUUAGAAUUCCUAAAAAUAUAGAUAAAAAAGAUCCUCGAGGCCAAACUUUGUUAAUGAGAGAAUGCAGGAAGAAUAGAAUAGAUAAUGUUCUAAAAUUAUUAGAGAGUGGUGCUGAUCCUAAUAUUCCUUGUGCUAAUGGAUGGACUUCUCUUCAAGAAUGUGCAGAUUAUCAAUAUUUUAAAUUAGUUGAAUUACUUCUUGAAUACAAAGCUGAUAUCAAUGCCCAAGGAUAUGGAAAAAGAACUGCAUUGCAUGAAGCAGCUCAUAAUGAUGAUUAUAAUAUGGUCGAACUACUUUUAAAGAAUGGUGCCGAUAUAAACAUUCUUGAUGAAGAUGAUAAAAAGCCAUUUGAUUGUUGUACAAGCAGUGAGGUGAAAAAAUUGCUUGAUCCUUCAUAUGAUAUUGAACUUGAACAAAAUACAGAUAGAAAUUCCAAUACAAUACGGAUUAGUGAUACAACUAUUUGUUCUAUCGAAUCUGUUGUGAGUUGCAAGGACCGAGAUGCUACAAGCAGUAUUCCAGAAACUUCUUUACCAAAACAGAAUGCAUUUCCCAAUACUUUCAUUCAGGGUACUUCAUCUCCUGCAUCUACUGCAGCUCAAAGUAGUGAUUCUAAUUAUAUGGAACAAGUAAAUUUAAAAAAUGGUGCAGUUGUGGAUGUUUUUGAUGAAGAUGAUAAAGAAUUAUUUGAUUGUUCUACAAGCAGUGAGGUGAAAAAAUUCCUUGAUCCCUCAAAUGAAAUUGAAUGUGAACAAAAUACAAACAGUAAUUCCAAUUCAAUAGAGAUUGAUGAUGCAAUCAUUUGUCCUAUCAAAUCUGUUAGGAGUGGCAAGGGCAGAGAUACAACAAGCAGUAUUCCAGGAACUUCUUCACCAAAACAGAAUGCAUUUUCCAAUACUCUCAUUCAGGGCACUUCAUCUCCUGCAUCUACUGCAGCUCAAAAUAUUGAUUAUGAUAUGGAACAAUUAAAUUUAAAAAAUGAUGCAGAUGUAAAUGUUUUUGAUGAAGAUGAUAAAAAACCAUUUGAUUGUCCUACAAGCAGUGAGGUGGAAAAAUGGCCUUAUUCUUCAUAUAAAAUUAAAUCUGAUCAACACACAAACAGUAAUUCAAAUUCAGAAGAGAUUAAUGAUGCAAUCAUUUGUCCUAUCAUAUCUCUUACGGGUGGCAAAGACAUAGAUACAACAAGCAAUUUUACAGUUCCAGGAACUUCUUUACCAAAACAGUAUGCAUUUCCCAAUACUCUCAUUCAGGGUACUUCUUCUGAGCAAGUUAUAUAUAUUGACGAUUCAGAUGAUGAAAUAAAUAUAUGUGAUUAG